AUGGAGGGAAUAGAUCACCCUAAACCGAUUCCCGCAUAUUACUGCUGCUAUCUCCUUCGGUCGACAGUUCGACACGCCUCGCUGUACAUCGGCUCGACCCCAAACCCGAUCAGACGACUUUCGCAGCACAACGGCGUCGCCAAAGGUGGGGCCAAACGAACCGCUCGGGAUAAAUUACGCCCCUGGGAAAUGACCCUUGUUGUCGAGGGUUUCAUGAAUAGAGUCGGUGCGUUGCAAUUCGAAUGGGCUUGGCAACAUCCGGAAAGAUCCCGGCACCUUGAUUCCGAACAAGAAAUAGAUCCUCAGGCAGCCAAGACGAAUACAAAGACAGCCAAGCCUAAACCAAAACCGCGCACGCGGACUAGGAGAUCCUUGACGGCGCAUUUAGAGGAUUUGCAUUCUCUGCUCCGGUCAACUUGUUUCUCCGCGUGCCCAUUACGAGUCCGUUUCUUCAGCGCGGAUGUUUACCGCGUAUGGCGCGUUUGGAGUGACCGUGUGAAUGGUCAACUCCCGCACAAUAUUAAAACUGUACUAGAUGGAGAUAAUCUCGCAAAGCUGCCGGAACCCAAGCAAAAUGAUGAACUCGCACCUGUCGGGCAUAUCAAAAAUUUAUCAGUCGACUACAUUAGACUCGAAGAUUAUCUCGAAAAGUCUUUGUUUAUGCUGGAAGAUCCGGAAGACCUACAGUGCGCGGUCUGUAAACAAUCGGUCGCCCCAGCAAAGGAAAAUAUAGUUGUGUGUCCACAUCCAGAUUGUCGUGGAACGAGCCAUUUAUUAUGUCUAUCUACCAAAUUCCUUGAUGCGGCCAAUGAACCAGAUCUCCUGGUACCAGCACAAGGGACUUGCCCAUCUUGCGGAAACCUCGUACAAUGGCCCACAAUGAUGCGUGAGCUGAGUUUCCGCAACCGAGCAGAAAAGGAAGCACAUGCCAUUGUGAGAAAGAAAGAGAAACGCCUUCGCAAACAAUCUGCUGGGGCUGAGGUGUCUUCAGGAGCGAGAUCAUCCUCAAUGGAACCGAGAUCACUAGUGGAAGAGCCAGCGCAUGAUGACCUAGGGCCCAACUGGUUCGAGGAUGUUGAUCUAGAAUCCGACUCGGAUUUCGAAGGCCGACAAAAGCACCACUCAGCUCGUGCACCUCCAUCGAAGCUCGAGAUAGUAAUCGAGGACAGCGACUGGGAUGAUGCAGAACUGGUGGAAUGA